AUGUCAAUGACAGCAAUUGAUAAUCAACAUGAACAACUUGUUUCAAUGGUAAAUCAACUUAUGGAUGAACGUGAAAUAUUAUAUCGUGAAAAUGAAUAUUUAAAAGCUAAAUUAAAUGAAUCAAUAUUAAUUGAAACAAUUCAAGAAAUGAAAAAAGAACGAAUUUUUUUAUUAAAAUUAUUAUCAAAUUUAACAAUAAAUAAUAAUCAAGAUGAUCAAUCACGAUAUGUAAAACAUCAUAUAAAAGAAAAUAAUACUGAUUUUCUUCCACCACCUUCCUAUCAAACAUACAGUAGUAAACCAGUUCAUUAUGAUAAUUCAUUAGCUGAACAAAAUUCAACUAUUUCACGUAAUAAUCCAUCUGUAAUAAAUAAUCGUAAUCGUAUUUAUCGAUUAAAUACCAAUACUGAACAACAAAAACAACAACAACAACAACAACCAACAGUUAUCUAUCGUAUUGAUAAUUCAAAAGAAAAUUUAAUGAAUAAUUCCGAUAGAUUAUCAUCAUCAUUAUCAUCUACUAAUCAUAUGAAACAUCCUCAAUCAAAUAAAAAAGUUUUUGUUUAUAAAACAUCAAUUACACCACAAACACAAGAAUCAAAUAAAUUAAUUCGAAAAUAUGAUUGUCAAUUAAAACAUAGUCAAAAUUCUCCAUUUCGACAUUAUCGUUCACAAUCAUUACAAGAUUUAACAUAA